AUGACCAUCGCACCGACUGUCAAGUUUUCUAUGGCGUUCACGAUCUCCCUUGUAGCAGUUGUUUGUAUCAUAUGUCUGGCUAUCUGGAAACACCUUCGCAAGAACAAACUCUCGAAACUGCCACCUGGUCCGCCCGGGCUGCCCAUCAUCGGAAACAUCCUCGACAUGCCAUCAAAGAUGCUUUUCUUGAAGCUCGAUGAAUGGAAGAACCAGUACGGAGAGAUCGUGUAUUACAACCUCGCAGGCACGAAAGUGGUCGUCCUCAACUCUGUCAAGGCAGCGACGGAUAUCCUCGAGAAACAGUCUGGGGUGACGUCGGGGAGGAUGAGGAUGGUCAUGGCUUCUGAGAUCAUGGGUGGAGACCUAUUUCCACUCUUUAUCGAGUAUGGCACUCGCUGGCGACGCACGCGCAGAGCUUCCAGGCAAGUCUUCAACGCCAAUGCAUGCCAAGUGUUCUGGCCCAUGCAGGAACACGAAUCCGAGGUGCUCAUUCGCGACCUACACGCAGAUCAGUCCCGUUUAGAGGACCACCUUUCGCGGCUGACGGCGUCCGUUACCUGGCGCCUCCUCUACGGUGGUCCUCCGAUCGGUGACCCGAAUGACGAAAGAGUCAAGCUUCUGCAAGAUUUUUCAGCAGGCAUGGCCCGCGCCGGUGAACUGGGCACCUUCAUAGUUGAUGUCUUCCCGUUCCUGAAGCCGCUGCCAACGUGGAUGGCCGGGUGGAAGAAACAAGGAGUGAAGUUCUUCGAGGAUAAUGAUGCCUACUUUAGGCGUCUCUUUCGCGAAGGCGCAAAGUACAAGGAAGAGGUAUCAUUUGUCAACUAUUCCCUGAAGAUUGCAGAAAGGUUCGGCAUAUCCCAUCAGGAGCUGGCGUGGGUGACAGGUGCCCAUUUCUCGGCGGGGGAAGAGACGACUGCAACCGUCCUUUUCUACUUUGUCCAAGCGAUGUUACUCUACCCAGAAACAUGCAAAAAGGGUCAGGAGGAGAUAGAUCGGGUAUGCGGGAAUAGGAUCCCCAGGUUUUCGGAUAGCGAUCAGCUGCCAUACGUUGGUGCGAUGGUCAAGGAGGUUGUACGAUGGCGCACUCCUGCACCUGCGGGGAUCCCGCAUGCGGCGACUCAAGACUUCGUAUAUCAGUCUUAUGUGAUCCCUAAAGGUACUGUCAUCGUGGAUAACGUCUGGUCGAUCUCCCAUGACCCCAGCGUGUUUCCCAAUAGCGACACGUACGACCCGUCCCGCUAUCUCACCUCUUCAGGAGAGCUGCGUACCAGUUCUGACCCAGCAGACCAAGUGUACGUCUUCGGCCACGGACGCUGGAUCUGCCCAGGGAAGGACAUCGCCAUGAACAGCCUGUUUAUCGAUAUUGCCGCACUCCUGUGGGCGUUCGAUUUCGCCCGACCGGUGGGUUCGGAUGGCAAGGAGUGCGUCCCGGGAAACAUGGACUUUGUGGAUAAAGGACUUGUCGUACGCCCCGCGCCUUUUGGCUUCAACCUGAAGCCUCGUCGGGAUAACCUGGAUGAUCUGCUCGCACAAUUCUGA